AUGUUCAAAGCAGCGUCUCAGAGUGCAAGCAAGUCACUAUCUCAGGGCAAGGCCUCAGCUAGGCUCUUGUCUGCCUCCUCCGUGGCACGCAACAACAACUUUCGUGUGGAAACCGAUGCUUUCGGUGAGAUUAAAGUACCAAGCGACAAAUACUGGGGUGCUCAGACGCAGCGGUCUCUUGAGAACUUCAAGAUUGGCGGUGCCCGCGAACGGAUGCCAGAGCCUGUGGUCAGAGCAUUUGGUGUUCUAAAGAAGUCUGCGGCAAUUGUGAACGAAUCCAUUGGUACGCUCGACCCUAAGGUCUCGAAGGUUAUUCAACAAGCUGCAGAUGAAGUCAUCAGUGGUAAACUACUGGACCAUUUUCCAUUAGUGGUCUUCCAGACGGGAUCCGGCACUCAGAGUAACAUGAACGCCAACGAGGUUAUUUCCAACAGGGCCAUUGAGAUUGUCGGUGGUGAAAAGGGCUCCAAGUCUAUCCACCCCAACAAUCACUGCAACCAAGCUCAAUCCUCAAACGACACUUUCCCCUCUGUUAUGCAUAUCGCUGCUGUCACCGAGAUCACCGGCCAUCUUUUGCCCGAACUGACCGCAUUGAGAGACUCUUUUGCACGCAAGUCCGAGGAAUUUGACAGCAUCGUUAAAAUCGGUAGAACCCACUUGCAAGACGCUACUCCUUUGACUUUGGGACAAGAAUUUAGCGGAUACACUCAACAGUUGACUAACGGUAUUACCCGCGUUGAGCAAUCUCUGCACCAUUUGAAGUACCUUGCCCAAGGUGGUACCGCUGUGGGUACCGGCUUGAACACCAAGAUUGGUUUUGCCGAAAAGGUUGCCGAGCAGGUCAGCAAGGAGACCGGCAUUGACUUCAAGACUGCUCCUAACAAAUUUGAAGCUCUAGCUGCUCACGAUGCCGUUGUCGAAUGCUCUGGUGCCUUGAACACUUUGGCUUGUUCUCUAUUCAAGAUUGCCAACGAUAUCCGUUAUUUGGGUUCUGGUCCUCGCUGUGGUUACGGAGAAUUGUCGUUGCCUGAAAAUGAGCCUGGUUCUUCCAUCAUGCCUGGUAAAGUCAACCCUACCCAAAACGAAGCCUUGACUCAGGUUUGCGUUCAAGUGAUGGGUAACAACACCGCCAUCACUUUUGCAGGUGCUUCUGGUCAAUUUGAACUCAAUGUCUUUAAACCAGUUAUGAUCUCCAACCUAUUGAGCUCUAUCAGACUACUUGGUGACGGCUGCAACUCUUUCAGAAUUCACUGUGUGGACGGCAUUGUGGCCAACAAAGACAAGAUUGGCAAAUUGCUCAACGAAUCCUUGAUGUUGGUUACGGCCUUAAACCCCAAGAUCGGAUAUGACGCCGCUUCUAAAGUCGCCAAGAACGCUCACAAGAAGGGCAUUACUUUGAAGGAAUCUGCUUUGGAGCUAAAAGUCUUAUCUGACUCCGAAUUUGACGAAUGGGUGGUUCCUGAGCACAUGAUUGGUCCUAAAUAA